GCGCCCCGGAGAUCUCUCGGUCGCCCCCGUCGGGCGGGAUGGAGGCGGACGGGGACCGGGACGAGCUGGCCCGGCUGCGCUCUGUCUUCGCGGCUUGCGAUGCGAACCGCUCGGGCCGCCUGGAGCGCGAGGAGUUCGGCGCGCUGUGCGCGGAGCUGCGCGUGCGCCCGGCCGACGCCGAGGCCGUGUUCCAGCGGCUGGACGCCGACAGGGAGGAAGAGGGCGACGAAGACGCGGCGGCGGCGCUGGCAGCCCCCUGGGGCCCGGCGGGACCCGGCCAGGCUUGGCAGGACUUUCAGGAGCGUCUCGGGGACGAGGCCGAGUUCAUCCCCAGGAAAGAGCAAGUUAGUACCUUAUAUCAAAACAUCAACCUUGUGGAGCCAAGACUGAUUCAGCCAUAUGAACAUGUUAUAAAGAACUUCAUCCGUGAGAUCAAACUUCAAAGCACGGAAAUGGAAAACCUGGCCAUUGCAGUGAAAAGAGCCCAGGACAAGGCAGCCAUGCAGUUGAGUGAGUUGGAAGAGGAAAUGGAUCAGAGGAUUCAGGCUGCAGAACACAAGACGCGGAAAGAUGAAAAACGCAAAGCCGAGGAAGCCCUCAGUGAUCUCAAACGUCAGUAUGAAACAGAAGUAGGAGAUCUACAGGUGACAAUAAAAAAACUCAAAAAGCUAGAAGAACAGUCGAAACACAUAAGUCAGAAAGAGGAUGUGGCUGCAUUAAAAAAACAAAUCUAUGAUUUAUCAAUGGAAAAUCAGAAAGUUAAGAAAGAUCUUUUAGAAGCACAGACAAACAUAGCCUUUCUUCAGAGUGAAUUAGAUUCUUUGAAAAGUGAUUAUGCUGAUCAGAGUCUGAAUUCUGAAAGGGAUCUGGAAAUAAUCCGAGAGUACACAGAAGAUCGAAAUAGUCUUGAGAGGCAAAUUGAAAUACUCCAAACGGCCAACAGGAAACUGCACGACAGUAAUGACGGCCUGAGGAGUGCCCUCGAAAACACUUUCAGCAAGUUCAACAGGUCCUUGCGUAUAAAUAAUAUAUCACCAGGGAAUACAAUUUCUAGGAGCAGUCCCAAAUUUAAUGGUCAUUCUCCUCAACUUCUGGGCUAUGACAGGUCUUCCCGCUCUAAAAAAACUCUUCCUACGGAUGAGGACUGUGACUCGUUGGCUCUCUGUGAUCCUAUGCAGAGGAUGAAUUGUGAAGUUGACAGCCUGCCUGAGAGCUGCUUUGACAGUGGCUUGUCCACCCUGAGAGAUUCCAACGAGUACGACUCGGAGGUGGAAUACAAACACCAGAGGGCAUUUCAGAGGUCACAUGGCACUCAGGAGGGCUUUGCCGGUGAUGCUUCAGACACAGAUGUUCCUGAUAUAAAGGAUGAGGAGACGUAUGGUGCAGAAGGUAUGGCUUCUGCCUUAGACUGGAAGCCCCAGGGGUCUGUUAGUGAAGGCAGCAUCGUUGGCGUUUCAAGAAAGCCCAUCUUGGCACUUUCACCCCAGACAGACAUGGUGGAUGAUAACCAUAAAUCUUCCAGCUCACAGAAGGCUUACAAGCUUGUGCUUGCUGGGGAUGCUGCAGUGGGGAAGUCUAGUUUCCUCAUGAGACUUUGCAAGAAUGAAUUUCGAGGAAACACAAGUGCCACCCUGGGAGUCGAUUUUCAAAUGAAAACUCUCAUCGUAGAUGGAGAGCGAACAGUUCUGCAGCUUUGGGAUACUGCUGGUCAGGAGAGGUUCAGAAGUAUUGCCAAGUCUUACUUUCGAAGGGCAGAUGGUGUUUUGCUGCUGUACGAUGUUACGUGUGAGAAAAGCUUCCUAAACGUACGAGAAUGGGUAGAUAUGAUUGAGGAUGCAACCCGUGAGAGUAUUCCUAUCAUGUUGGUAGGAAACAAGGCUGAUCUUCGUGACACUGCUGCUGCUGAGGGACAGAAAUGUGUCCCAGGAUACUUUGGAGAAAAACUGGCAAUGACCUACGGGGCAUUAUUCUGUGAAACAAGUGCCAAAGACGGUUCAAAUAUAGUGGAAGCUGUUCUCCAUCUUGCCCGGGAAGUGAAAAAAAGAACUGAUGAGGAUAACAGCAAAUCCAUUACCAAUCUGACUGGGAGCAGUUCCAAACAGUCAACCCACAUGAAGAAUUGUUGCAAGGGUUAAAGCAAAAAACAUCCUUGGCCUCUGAAGUCUUCGUUUGCAGAGUACAGAAUUUGUAUGACUCAUUGCUUCUUACGUACAGUGGUGCCACCCACGGACACUGUCACAUGGAGAGUUACAGUGCGGGAAGUCUGAACUGUGUUCUCGGUCCCUCUGGAACCUCAGCUCUUCUUUGCUAUGUUUCCAUGAAUGAUUUGGAUCCCCUGAUUAAAUACACUUGUCAUAUCUUUACAGAGUCUUAAAAGAUAACCUGUAAAAGUUUUUUUUAAGUGCUGAAAAAAAAUAAUCACAUGCUCAGAACAAAGCUGUAGAAGAAACUCACAUAAUUAGACUCAUGUGGUAGAUAACUGACUUUGUAGAUAACCUAUGACUGAUGACAUCGCCUUCAAAUAUUUAAUAACAGAGUACAAAUAAAAGGGGGUGAUCAUCCUAGUAAAUAAAAGGGGGUGAUCAUCCUAGUUUUGUUGUUAACUAGCCUUGUGGUCUUGGGCAUGUCGACAGCCCACGUUAGAUCUGUUUCUUCAUCUGUAAAACAAGGCAGUUUGGCUUUGCUGGCCUUGGCCCUCACAUUCGGUAGCGCUUUUGAGCAGUGAGGAGAGCACCAUAGCCCACGGUUAAAAAGGACUCUGGUUAUGUACUUUUUAAAUACUGGAGUAUUGAUUUUUCUUACUUCUGAAACAGCAGAAUUUAAUUGAGUAAAUAAUGGUAAUUUUUAGGCUCCAGUGGAGACACAAAAAUCUAUUUAUUUGUAUGAAGAAAAAACAUUUUUGUAACAAAAAUAGUUGUAUAUAAAAGGGAAUAUUUUAUGAUCUCAGAAUACUUACAAAGUCCUUGGUUUAAAUUCAGUGUUCAAAAUUUUAAUGAAAACAUAGUAACGCCACAUACUUCUGAAAGUAUAAUGCCCAGGAAAGUUGUUGCUCUUCACUUAAAAAAGUACACCAGUGAGCAGUUGCCCAGGGCUGGGGAAAGGAGGGAACUGACAGUGACUGCUGAUGGAUAUAUGAUACCUUUUGGGGAUGAUGAGAAUGUUCUGGAAUUAUUUUGUGGUAAUGGUUGCACAACUUCGUGAAUAUACUAAAAGCCACUGAAUUGUGUACUUUAAAAGGGUGAAUUUUAUGAUCUCUGAAUUGUAUCUUAUUAAAAAACUACAUCAGCCCUUAGAAUGAUUUAACAUUUUGCCAAACGAAAAUAGGCAUGUUUAUUUCAAACCUCAUGGUUUAAAAGCAUAAUAUCCAAUAUAAUAUAGAUCCCUUUACUCCCUAUUUGCCAGCAUUCACUUCCUUAAAUAUGAACAAUGAAAGAAAUGUUAUGUAUGGUUUUUGGAAAAUCAUCUCUUUAAAAGAGGAACCGUGAUUAGGAAAGGAAUCACAGUCUUUUGUUCAAUGAAUGUGACUAGUGACUCAUCCUCACCAAGGUCCUGGUUGGUCUUGCUCUCCUUCUAGAACCCACAAUGCCUCCCCGACUUCCCCACUAAAAUACCUCUAAGAGCCAAAGGAGUCAACACUUGACUCUAGGGUGGGUCAGUGAAGCCUGGUUUUGGGAUUUUGAUUUUCAGUGGUCUGAACCAAUUCAAUUAUUCCCAACCGGAGGUCUGAAUUUACCUUGCUUCAUAUAAGUUCAGGCCCCAAGUAGUUUGCCCAGAAAACUUAAAUAAUAAGCUGUUAUUUAUUGUCUUACAUAAGUUAAAAACAUUCCUUUUUUUGAUGAAUUAAAACAAUUCAUUGUAGCAAUUUUUCUCCUGUUUAUGAUUUUUAUCAUCAAACUUUAAAUUCUCCAACCUUCAUUUUUGUUGUAAUGAGGAUUAAUGAGAUAGAUUACACACACAGAUUACAAAUAGUCAUGAUAUCAUUUAUUGUGCCUUCUCUCUAUUGAUGACAUUUAGGUUUUUUUUUGUUGGAAGGUUGGAGCUAUCCAUAGCAACUCCACCAUGGAUUCCGUUUCCGAUUUUAUGCUUUUAGGUUCCAGGAAAAAAAAAAAAGUUUACAUUCUCACCAGAAAGAAUGCCUUGCUUAUGGGGAACUGUUGGACUGAACAGGAGG